GCAGGAUUUUCGGCCGACAGCUCUCUUGCUGUAAGGUGCAUGCACGAAUCCUCGCGUACCUCAAAUCUAGCCUUCCUGUUCAGGAUGGUGGUGCUGGCUGGGUUGGCCCGGCCUGUCGAGGCUUUCUUUCGUGCUUGCAGCUGGUGUGCUGAUCUGCCACGCCGCCUGGCUGCAUCCCAUCCCGCCCGCAUGUCCGUGUGGGUGGUGUCACCUUGGUGUGUGUUUGUGGACUGUGGUUCCGAGUGUUUCUGUGCCGUGCGUUCCAGUCGAGGCCGUUGAAGGCCGCCAUCAACGGCCGGCCGGCGCGCGGGGAUGGAUCGUCGAGGAGGGUCGUCUAGCCUUAGGAGGGGGGAGGCGUUCGGGUUCCAGAUCCUCCCCUCCAGAGGCUUGCUUUUGCU